AUGACAGACUACAGAACAUUAUCCAUACAAGUUGACUUCUUCACUGCAAGCUGGGAAGGUGGAAGAAAGCCUUAUUCAUGGUCCCCCCUCGGCGUAGAUACAUUUUCAGAGGAUAGUCCAGAGGAUAGUUCAGAGGAUAGUCCAGAGGAUAGUUCAGAGGAUAGUCCAGAGGAUAGUUCAGAGGAUAGUCCAGGGGAUAGUCCAGAGGAUAGUUCAGAGGAUAGUCCAGAGGAUAGUUCAGAGGAUAGUUUAGUGGAUAGUCUAGAGGAUAGUUCAGAGGAUAGUUCAGAGGAUAGUUCAGAGGAUAGUUUAGUGGAUAGUUCAGAGGAUAGUUCAGAGGAUAGUUUAGUGUAUAGUCCAGAGGAUAGUUUAGAGGAUAGUCCAGAGGAUAGUUCAGAGGAUAGUUUAGUGGAUAGUCCAGAGGAUAGUUCAGAGGAUAGUUCAGAGGAUAGUUUAGUGGAUAGUUCAGAGGAUAGUUCAGAGGAAAGUUUAGUGGAUAGUCCAGAGGAUAGUUCAGAGGAUAGUCCAGAGGAUAGUUCAGAGGAUAGUUUAGUGGAUAGUCCAGAGGAUAGUUCAGAGGAUAGUUCAGAGGAUAGUUUAGUGGAUAGUUCAGAGGAUAGUUCAGAGGAUAGUUUAGUGGAUAGUCCAGAGGAUAGUUCAGAGGAUAGUCCAGAGGAUAGUUCAGAGGAUAGUCCAGGGGAUAGUCCAGAGGAUAGUUCAGAGGAUAGUCCAGAGGAUAGUUCAGAGGAUAGUUUAGUGGAUAGUCUAGAGGAUAGUUCAGAGGAUAGUUCAGAGGAUAGUUCAGAGGAUAGUUUAGUGGAUAGUUCAGAGGAUAGUUCAGAGGAUAGUUUAGUGUAUAGUCCAGAGGAUAGUUUAGAGGAUAGUCCAGAGGAUAGUUCAGAGGAUAGUUUAGUGGAUAGUCCAGAGGAUAGUUCAGAGGAUAGUUCAGAGGAUAGUUUAGUGGAUAGUUCAGAGGAUAGUUCAGAGGAAAGUUUAGUGGAUAGUCCAGAGGAUAGUUCAGAGGAUAGUCCAGAGGAUAGUUCAGAGGAUAGUUUAGUGGAUAGUCCAGAGGAUAGUUCAGAGGAUAGUUCAGAGGAUAGUUUAGUGGAUAGUUCAGAGGAUAGUUCAGAGGAUAGUUUAGUGGAUAGUCCAGAGGAUAGUUCAGAGGAUAGUCCAGACGAUAGUUCAGAGGAUAGUUUAGUGGAUAGUCCAGAGGAUAGUUCAGAGGAUAGUUUAGUGGAUAGUUCAGAGGAUAGUUCAGAGGAUAGUUUAGUGGAUAGUCCAGAGGAUAGUUCAGAGGAUAGUCCAGAGGAAAGUUCAGAGGAUAGUUUAGUGGAUAGUCCAGAGGAUAGUUCAGAGGAUAUUUACACAGUGCUGUACACAAAAUGCCUGUACGGUCCAAAACCUGAAAUGGGAACGUGUUGCCUGCACCACAUCACUGAAACAUCACUGAAACAUCACUGA